CCCGGCCCGGCUCGGCUCCUUGGCGCUGUCUGGGGUCCUUUCCGCCCGGUCCCCGCCUGCCAGCUUGCCAGCCCCCGCUGCGUUGUGCCCUGUCCGGCCGGGCCUGGGGCCGACACCACCGCCAUCAUGCCGGCCGUGUCCAAGGGCGAUGGGAUGCGGGGGCUCGCGGUGUUCAUCUCCGAUAUCCGGAACUGUAAGAGCAAGGAAGCAGAGAUUAAGAGAAUCAACAAAGAAUUGGCCAACAUCCGCUCCAAGUUCAAAGGGGACAAAGCUUUGGAUGGCUAUAGUAAGAAAAAAUAUGUGUGCAAACUGCUCUUCAUCUUCCUGCUUGGCCAUGACAUUGACUUUGGUCACAUGGAGGCUGUGAACCUACUUAGCUCCAACAAGUACACAGAGAAGCAGAUAGGUUACCUAUUCAUCUCAGUGCUGGUGAACUCAAACUCUGAGCUUAUCCGGCUCAUCAACAACGCCAUCAAGAAUGACCUGGCAAGCCGCAACCCCACCUUCAUGUGCCUGGCCCUGCACUGUAUCGCCAACGUGGGCAGCCGUGAGAUGGGCGAGGCCUUUGCUGCCGACAUCCCCCGCAUUCUGGUGGCCGGGGACAGCAUGGACAGUGUGAAGCAGAGCGCAGCUCUGUGCCUGCUGCGGCUGUACAAGGCCUCACCUGACCUGGUGCCCAUGGGCGAGUGGACGGCCCGUGUGGUGCACCUGCUCAACGACCAGCACAUGGGCGUGGUCACGGCCGCCGUCAGCCUCAUCACCUGCCUCUGCAAGAAGAACCCAGAUGACUUCAAGACCUGCAUUUCCCUGGCUGUGUCUCGACUGAGCCGGAUCGUCUCCUCGGCCUCCACCGACCUCCAGGACUACACCUACUACUUUGUCCCAGCCCCCUGGCUCUCAGUGAAGCUCCUGCGGCUGCUGCAGUGCUACCCCCCACCAGAGGAUGCAGCCGUGAAGGGACGGCUGGUGGAGUGUCUGGAGACUGUGCUCAACAAGGCCCAGGAGCCACCCAAGUCCAAGAAGGUGCAGCACUCCAAUGCCAAGAAUGCCAUCCUCUUUGAGACCAUCAGCCUCAUCAUCCACUAUGACAGUGAGCCCAACCUCCUCGUGCGUGCCUGCAACCAGCUGGGCCAGUUCCUGCAACACCGGGAGACUAACCUGCGCUACCUGGCACUGGAGAGCAUGUGCACACUGGCCAGCUCCGAGUUCUCCCAUGAGGCCGUCAAGACACACAUCGACACUGUCAUCAACGCCCUCAAGACUGAGCGGGAUGUCAGUGUGCGGCAGCGUGCAGCUGAUCUCCUCUACGCCAUGUGUGACCGGAGCAACGCCAAGCAGAUUGUGUCCGAGAUGCUGAGGUACCUGGAGACGGCUGACUACGCCAUCCGUGAAGAGAUUGUCCUGAAGGUGGCCAUCCUGGCUGAGAAGUACGCUGUGGACUACAGCUGGUAUGUGGACACCAUCCUCAACCUCAUCCGCAUCGCGGGAGACUACGUGAGUGAGGAGGUGUGGUAUCGUGUGCUGCAGAUUGUCACCAACCGCGACGAUGUCCAGGGCUAUGCUGCCAAGACCGUCUUUGAGGCACUCCAGGCCCCAGCCUGUCAUGAGAACAUGGUGAAGGUCGGUGGUUACAUCCUUGGGGAGUUCGGGAACCUGAUUGCUGGGGACCCCCGUUCCAGCCCCCCGGUGCAGUUCUCCCUGCUGCAUUCCAAGUUCCACCUGUGCAGCGUGGCCACCCGGGCCCUGCUGCUGUCCACCUACAUCAAGUUCAUCAACCUCUUCCCUGAGACCAAGGCCACCAUCCAGGGUGUGCUGCGGGCAGGCUCCCAGCUGCGCAACGCCGACGUGGAGCUGCAGCAGCGUGCCGUCGAGUACCUCACUCUCAGCUCCGUGGCCAGCACCGAUGUCCUGGCCACGGUGCUAGAGGAGAUGCCACCCUUUCCUGAGCGCGAAUCCUCCAUCCUGGCCAAGCUGAAACGCAAGAAGGGGCCAGGGGCGGGCAGUGCCCUGGAUGAUGGCCGCAGGGACCCCAGCAGCAAUGACAUCAAUGGGGGCGUGGAGCCCACCCCCAGCACAGUGUCAACGCCCUCACCGUCUGCUGACCUCCUAGGGCUGCGGGCAGCCCCUCCCCCAGCAGCACCCCCUGCUCCCGCUGGCGCAGGCAACCUUCUUGUGGACGUCUUCUCAGAUGGCCCAGUUGCCCCACCCAGCCUGGGACCUACACCUGAGGAGGCCUUUCUCAGUUCAGGUCUUGAGGACAUUGGCCCCCCCAUCCCUGAGGCUGAUGAGCUGCUGAAUAAGUUCGUGUGCAAGAACAACGGGGUCCUGUUUGAGAACCAGUUGCUGCAGAUCGGAGUUAAGUCUGAGUUCCGGCAGAACCUAGGCCGGAUGUAUCUUUUCUAUGGCAACAAGACGUCGGUACAGUUUCAGAACUUCACACCUUCCGUCGUCCACCCUGGAGACCUCCACACUCAGCUGGCCGUGCAGACCAAGCGUGUGGCAGCUCAGGUGGACGGCGGGGCGCAGGUGCAGCAGGUGCUCAACAUCGAGUGUCUGGGGGACUUCCUGACGCCCCCACUGCUGUCUGUGCGCUUCCGGUACGGUGGUGUCCCCCAGUCUCUCACCCUGAAGCUCCCGGUUACCAUCAACAAGUUCUUCCAGCCGACAGAGAUGGCGGCCCAGGAUUUCUUCCAACGCUGGAAACAGCUGAGCCUCCCCCAGCAGGAGGCGCAGAAAAUCUUCAAAGCCAACCACCCUAUGGACGCUGAGGUUACCAAGGCCAAGCUCCUGGGGUUUGGCUCGGCCCUCCUGGACAACGUAGACCCCAACCCUGAGAACUUCGUAGGGGCUGGCAUCAUCCAGACAAAAGCCCUGCAGGUGGGCUGUCUGCUCCGGCUGGAGCCCAACGCCCAGGCUCAGAUGUAUCGGCUGACCCUGCGCACCAGCAAGGAGCCUGUCUCCCGUCACCUCUGUGAGCUGUUGGCCCUGCAGUUCUGAGCCCUGGAGUCUGCCCCUGGGGAUGGGGCUGGCACCUGGCAGCCCCUAGGACUGAGGCCGCUUUGGUGGGUAGGGCAGUGAGGGGACCUCCACUGGUGACAGGGAAGACCCCAGGGGAGGGUGGAUGCCUGGGACCUUCCUCCGGCCUUUUGUAUUUUUAUUUUUGUUCAUCUGCUGCUGUUUACAUUCUGGGGGGUAAGGGGGAGCCCCCUCCCUCCCUUCCCCCCCCGCAAGCACAGAGGGGAGAGGGGCUGGGGAGUGGGCGCCUCCUCCCCUCCCACCCCACCCCACCCCACCUUGUUGUAGCCCCUCCCGCCCCCUCCCCACCCAGGGGCUGUGUAUUAUUGUGAGCGAAUAAACAGAGACGCUAGUG